ACCGUUUUAAACGGACCGACUUUUUUGUCAAAAUUUUCGACAGUUGUCUUUCAAAAACUUGGAGCCUGUGUGCAGUCAUUUUAAACGUGUGACGUAGACUUGUGCAACUUGUGUCAAAAAAAAUGACGCCGUCCGUGAGUUGUAGCGCUCACUUCGAGACAACACAGACGACACAACACAAACCGCGGAAAACACGACAUCAUGGACACCGACAUGGAUAUCACGACCACCCAGCGUGGCCGGCAGACCAAACCCCCGGCGAAAUUCCAGCAGACGGGCUCUCUCGGUGCCGCCGUAGGCGGUGGAGGCUUGCUCUCCAGCAAGAUAGUGCUGCUGCCUGGCAUCUCGGGGAACACUCAUGUUACCACGGGAGGCGCUGCCGCCACCAACACUC